GUCAGGACUGAGGAUGUGAAUCAUUUCUUGGGAAAAGAGGGGGGGACAGGAAACACAAAAUAAUUGAAAGACCUAGCAAAGCUAGGAGACAAAGACCAGACUAAACCAGCAAACCACAGGACUGUGAGAGCUGGCUUGGGUCCUGAGCCUCACUUGCAAGAGCAGCGGGCAAGCCCGGAGGCCUCUUCCCCUGGCUCCACUGAGCCUGCAGGAGGCUGUGGGGGUCCGAUUCGGCACUGGGCACAGCACCAAGGACACACAAGCAAAUAAAAAAGAAAGUGGUGUGUUUCAGGCAUUCUGAGCAUUCGGAAAGCAAGCCAACAUGUCUUUGAACGACAUUAAGAUGAAUUCCAGCGACCUUCUGCAGAAAGAAGAUCUGGACAGCGGAGGCUUCGGGGCCGUGUCCUUAUGUUACCACAGGACGCAUGGAUUUGUGAUCCUGAAAAAGGUGUACACGGGGCCCAAGCGCAUGGAGUACAACGAGUCCCUCCUAGAAGAGGGGAAGAUGAUGCACAGACUGAGUCACAGCCGCGUGAUGAGGCUGCUGGGUGUCAUCAUCGAGGAGGGGAACUACUCCCUGGUGAUGGAGUACAUGGAGAAGGGCAACCUCAUGCAGGUGCUCAGAGCCCAGAUCAGUAUCCCGCUUUCUGUGAAAGGAAGGAUAAUUGCAGAAAUUAUUGAAGGAAUGUGCUACUUACAUGGAGCAGGUGUGAUACAUAAGGACCUGAAGCCUGAAAAUAUCCUUGUUGAUAAUGACUUUCACAUUAAGAUAGCUGACCUUGGUGUUGCUUCCUUUAAGACGUGGAGCAAACUCACUAAAGAGGAACACAAUGAGCAGAGGAAGGCUAACAGCACCUCUAAGAAAAAUGGUGGCACCCUUUAUUACAUGGCCCCAGAGCACCUCAGCGACAUCAACGUCAGGCCCACAGAGAAGUCAGAUGUGUAUAGCUUUGGCAUAGUUCUUUGGGCAAUAUUUGCAAAUAAAGAGCCAUACGAAAACGCCAUCUCUGCAGAGCACCUGUUGAUAUGCAUAAGAACUGGGAACAGGCCAAACGUGGAGGAGAUCACUGAGCGCUGCCCCAAGGAGAUCAUCCACCUCAUGGAACUCUGCUGGGAGGAAGACCCGGAAGUUCGGCCAACAUUUCCUAGUAUAGAAGAGCAAUUUAAGCCUUUUUAUGAAAGUGAAUUAGAAGAAUUUGUAGAAAAAGAUCUGAAGAGUUUAAAGAAAGAGUAUCCCAUGCAAAAUGAAGUUUUGAGGAGAAUGCAGUCUCUCCAACUGGAUUGUGUGGCAGAACCUCCAAGCAGGUCAAAUUCAGAACAGCCUGGCUCGCUGCAUAGUUCCCAGGGACUCGAAAUAGGACCUGUGGAGGAGUCCUGGUUUUCUGCCUCCCUAGAACACCAGCAGGAAGAGCAUGAACCCAUCCUGCAGCAUAAACUCCAGGAGGAAGCCAACUAUCAUGUUUUUGGUAGCCGCAUGGACAGGCAGACGAAACAACAGCCCAGACAGAAUGUGGCUUACAACAUGGAGGAGGAGAGGAGACGGAGGGUCUCUCACGACCCUUUUGCACAGCCAAGACCUGCUGAGAGUGCUCAGAACACGAGGGUAAAAAGUCCUGCUUAUCCCAGUGCAGUUAUUCACAGUAAUGCAGGACACCAGCCGACAGGGGUAGCCAGCCAACCCCAGGUACCGUAUUGGAGCAACGAAUUCUAUAAUCUGUCUGGGCGUGGAAUAAGGCCAUUGGAUCCAGGAACACCAGGUUCAGGGAUUUGGUAUGCAUUACAUCCAAGCCAAAUGCCCAAUCUGUUUAAGACCCCAGUGCCUGAGACCAACCCAGCAGGAAGUACACCCACCCUUCCAUUCUACUCCUUGCCAUCAACAGAUGAGCUUAUGAAAUGCAACAUAAGUAACAGUACUGGCAUCCAGAUUGGAACCUAUAAUUACAUGGAAAUUGGUGGAAUGAAUUCACAACUGGACAACGUAUGUACAAACUUGGAAGAAGAGUCAGCUUCUAAGUACCAAGCUAUCUUUGAUAAUACCACUAGUCUGACUGAUAAUCACCUAAAUCCAGUCAGGGAAAACCUGGGAAAGCAAUGGAAAAACUGUGCCCGUAAACUGGGCUUCACAGAGUCCCAGAUUGAUGAAAUUGACCAUGACUAUGAACGAGAUGGACUGCACGAAAAGGUUCACCAGAUGCUCCAGAAGUGGCUGAUGAGGGAAGGCAGUAAGGGGGCCACAGUGGGCAAGCUCGCCUGGGCCCUCUACCAGUGUUCCAGGAAAGACCUUCUGAACUGCUUGAUACACAUCACCCAGAAUUAACCCCGAGGGGCUUUGGCAGCACGAAGCAAGCACAUCAUUUUAGUGAAGAACCACUGAAAGCAUUCAGACUUCUGUCCUCAUUGAUAUGGGUUGUGUCUGCAUUUCAGAGCUAGAGAAUGGGAAGAGAAAUCUGUAGCUAACAACCUACUUUCAGGAAAAUGCAAGCAGGAAGACCCCUUCAUGGUGCAGGAUCAAUCCAAAACAUGAGUUUUUAAAGGAAGAUUCAAGAAAGAUGACUUUCCUUCACCUCCUGCCAUAACCUUCAGAUAUGUUGCUCAUUCAGUUUCCUGGGGUUUUGGUUCAGUGAGACAAAGAAAGUGAAUGUAAAACAAACCAACUUUCUUACUUUGUGUUCUCCACAUGGACUUCUCUUAUAACCAAAGUGCAGUAAAAUUCUAAAUUCUGUCCAAAGUUUUCUUAUAAUGACAACCACAGCUUAUCUGAAAAUUGUAGGACCUGUUAACUUCAUAUCAAACGUUCUAGCAGUCAUAAUUAUGUGCUACCCUGCUCCAUUAUGUUAAGUUGUAAGUUAAUCGAAGCAACUUUAAUAAGGACUAUAAGGAAGGAAAAAUACAAAGGGAAAAAUCAGGUUUCCUCGGCAGUUGUAAGGACCUGCAAGUAAUUGUGACUACUAUCAAAAUCUCCUGAUUAAUUUGUUUUAGUUCUUUUCUAGCACUAAUACUUGGCAUAGCUAGUACUUCCACUACUACUAAGUCUAAUACUUUAUGGUACUGGGGAUCAAACUCAGGACCUUGCGCUAAGUCUAAUACUUUAUGCGGUUCCAAGCCCCUGUGUCCUGAAGAGGGAGCACAUGUGCAGAGGCACUGCUGUCUUUACCCCUGGGAAAGGCCAGAGCCUCAGAGCUGACCACUGUUGAGCAGCUUCCUCAGUUUAUCCCACUGUGCUGUAGAAACAUGUUCAUUUUUUUCUGUAUGACAAGCAGUAAAAAAUGACGGCUUCAGAGUCUGGUUAUUGCCUCUAGCACUCAACCUUUCAAAGCCCCCCUGAAUUUUAGGAAGGAACUAGAAGAAUAGAAGCCUGAAGACCACGCAGAUCGUACCCAUUUUGCUUAGCUCUCCCAGAAGGGCGGGAGAAGCCAUAGGGAGGGUCAGUCUGGCUCUCAGAAGAGAUGCUGGUGUCUUGGGUCGGUAACAAUACAGUCAGGUCCGGUUCUGAAUCCCCUGCAGCCUCAGCACAUACAAGCAAACACACAUAUCCACGUACACACACUCCUGAAGUGAGACUUCAAAACAGGGUUUCUCCACUUUGGCACUGUUGGCAUCUUAAGCCAAAUAACUUUGUAGGGGCUGUCCUGUACCUUUUAGCACAUUGUGAGCGUUCCUGGCUCCACCUACUGUACUGUACGCCCGAAGUACUAGUUUCCCCUCCCCCUGCCCGCAGGUGUGACAAAAAUGUCUCUAGACAUUGCUCCAUGCAGUAUCCCUUGGAUUACAGACCUGUCUGGCUGCUAAAAGCACUGCAGUCGGGGAAGGAACCUCAGUUCUCUUCCACAUGUGUCCAAGCUCACAGCUCAGCUGCAGGGCAGCAUUAGUGUGUACAGCCAGCAAGGAAGCUUAGAGCAGGGAAGGGCCCAGCCUUUGCUGGAGAAGCCCGGUGAUUUCUAAACAGCUUCUGUGUACUUCUAUUGUGCUGGUAUUCUAAAUUCUCUGGAUUUUAAAAAAUAUAUAUAUUUUAUGCCUCACAUGGAUUUUUUAAAAUAAAAUUUUAUGCUUUACAUAUA